UUUCCAUAUUUUGUUGAUUUACUUUUAAUACAUUUUUUCCUUUGCUUGUGCGAGAUUCUUCUAUCACGAAGACCAGAGCAAAUAUGGAGUCCAUUGAGUUCUAUUCGGAUGAAGAAAUUCAAGGAGAAGAGCCUUACCAAGUCAUGUCGGAUGAGGAAGACAAUUAUGGAAGCAUCUCUUGGCAUCAAAAUGAUCAUUCAGAUUCUGAAUCAAGAGAUGAACCAGGCCGUGAAGCACCAGAACAGAACCGCCUGACUCAUACAACACCAAUACAGGCUAUUCUAAACCAUGGAUUAAAUUUAAUGAUGAUUUUUGCAGCCAUGGUUCAAAAUCUCCAUUGACUCGAGCUAUGUCUUUUUCAGAAAAAAAGAAUUACCUUAAAUGGGAAGAUGACAUGGAGUAUGAAGGAGCAACAACAAAGGAAUAUCAUAACCAACGUCCUCUAAGGCGUGAAGAGAAGCCUUACCACCACAUAUUGUUACACCGAGUGCCCACAACCUCACGUCAAGAAAAACCGAGAGACAAGUACUUACACACAAACCCAAGAGUAGUACAGGAAGUGACUCAAGAAGGCACUCAGAGAGCAUCAAUUUGGCCUAAACCGCAUCCUCGUGGUAGACGUGACUACCUAGCUGAGAGAGACUCAGGGAUCACUAAUCUAAGUGGAGGCGAGCUGAAACGUGGCACUCGUCGAGACCCACUACUAUCCAAUCCCACCCGAACCUACCAAACAAAACUCAGGUUAUCUCUAGACAAUGGUUAUGAGUAUUUUGGAACUGAAUCUUUUGAGUUUGCAGGACGUGAAAGAGAUUAUCUACAAUGGGAACUCAACAUGGAUAAGUACUUUAGGUAUUAUUCCAUUCCCAAAGAAGAGAGACUCAACUAUUGUCUUGAACAACUCAUGGGAAGCGCAAAACGUUGGUGGGACCGAGAAGAAAAGGAUAGACGAUGGUACAAGGAGCCAUCACUCAAAACAUGGGGACAACUAAAGUUUCUUAUGAGGGAGAGAUAUGCACCUCACAUGCUUUCCAAGCCUGUUCAAAACAUUUACCUUCCAAAGGAACCAAGCCGAGAGAAUACUACACAUCAACAUGUUAGUUCCAAUCAUAACGUGGAUCAAGAUUCCGCCAAGAAUGAGAAAUGUACAGAUACAAAAGGAGAUUCAAGUUGCAUACCGGUACUUGAACCACCUGCUGAACCACAUGCUGAACCACACGCUGAACUAAAGCAAGGUAAGUCUUCUAAUUGUUCAAAAUCAAAUGAACCGACAUGUUAUAGAUGUCAUAAGAGGGGACAUUUUGCUGCAACUUGCUCUAAGAGACAAGUAGAAGAUGUCACAUCACUAGAGCUGAAAUUGAAUGCAUCUAACUCCAAUGAUUGUCUAGUGAAUUCAAGUUUAGAAAUUCCCAAUUCUAGAUUAAUGCACUUGUCUUUGCCAAAGGUUAUUGAUGCAGGUCUGUGUCCUAGCAUGGAUGAAAAAUCUAAAGAAGUAGACCACAAGGAAGAAACUCUAAAGGAAGUUGAGAAUGACAUAAGUUUUGAGGAACAACUUUCGGAAACAACAACAUUAUCACAAGUUUGCCGAAAUAAGACUUAUGAUCAAGCAGCCCUCAAAGGACGUGUGAUGAAACAUCCCUGCUCAACACCAGCUGAUCUUGCUUCUAAUAUCAUCCACAUCAAGGCUGAAUUGAUACCGAACACCUUACAUGGUACACAAGUAAGCGAAACUUACUAUCUUGUUCGAUAUUGGCAUUAUCUUAUAUUCGAAAGGAGUUUCAAGAACCCUAUCCAUAUCAUUUCAAUUUUCAGUAUAAUGCACUUGAUCUUGUCUUUAAGUGCCAGUGAAAGUACAAGUACCAUGAAGAUUUGCGAAGAUCAAAGAGAGGCCACAACAAUGUUACGGUUACUCUCGGAUCAAAGCAAACAAGAAGUUGAUUCUGGUCUAACACAUGAAAAGGUUCAAAGUAACUUAUUUCAUUAUGUUUAUGAACGUCCCUUGACUGCCUUAAUACACUUGUCUUGUGCCAAAAGUAUUGAGACACAUGUAGGUAAUAAGGAGACACAUGUGGAUCCAAAAGAGGGAUCAACAACGAAUGAUGUUGUACAACAAUAUCAAGAGCUUUUGAUAUGCAAAUCUGUCACUAAGGAGAAUGAAAUUUUUACCAACAACAUCCUGCUGCAAGAAGAACCACCAGACCAGCCAUCAAAUCAACAAACCAAGUUGAUUUCGAAAGAUACACUCACCGAGGAUCUAAGUCAGGUAAGUAAACUAUUACUUCUAAUUGUUUCUAGCGAUUCGAAUGAUGUGAUAAUAAACUUGUUAAUCCUUAAAGAGUGUGAGAAAAUAGUAGAUCUUUUAAAUAAAUCUAUGGAACUAAUUUCUUGUCUUAGGAUAUAUCAAGUAGCUGAUCUACUUUGUGACAUACUUUCUAAAUCACUUUGUGGAAAAGAAAUGGUUCAAUCUGAAAUUGGUUUACUAGUUUAUAUUGAUCCCAUGACUAUUUUAAUGCACUUGUUUCUUGCCCAAAGUGUUGAUGAACUUGCAGGUACCAACAAAGAACACAUGGAACAUAAAGGUGAUUCAUCGGAAGUGAGGAAAGUCAACGACCAAAUUCAAAACCAAAGUGAACCAUCACCAUUGAUGCUAACACCCUCUAUCAUGGAGACUAGAAGAGUUUCAAACUCUUUCUUAAUCAAAGAGGAACCGCCGGAUUUUAAAGCUCAAGCCCAAACCCGAGAAGGAGUUAAGCAAGCAACACGACAACUCAAAGCACCGGAUCAAAACAGAGGAGUGAUCCUAUCUUUCUUGCUCAAAGGAGAGCCACCUGAUGCACCAUGCAUCAUCAAACCGCCACCCUACCAAGGUAAGACCCUAGCCUCCCAAAAUCGAAUGAAAGCUAACUUGCUUUCUCUUGGUGCAGAUUGUAUAGUUUCGAGGUCGAAACUUUUUCAAGGGAGAGGGUAUGAUGCGGACAUCCAAAUCAAACCAAACCGGGAGUAUACCAAACCAACCGGUACAUGUAUCAAACCGAUUGAUAUGGAGCAUUUUGGAGGAUUCUUGCCCAAAUGGAGUCAUAAUCAAGCACAAGGCCUAGGGUUAAUUAUUCACCAGAAAAUUAACCCUAAGAAGACUAAUGAUGGUUCAAGAGGAAUCAAAGACCAGCGAGCCGAAUCACCAUGUUAUGGGAAUUUGACCGUUGCACUCUUUUUCCCUUAUCUAGGGUUUGUCCCAAUGAGUUUACCUAGAAAGGUUUUUAACGAGGCAACAUCAAGUCAUCAAGGAAUCAUUUACCAAGCAAUUGAUUCGGAGAUGUUACAAGUACAUAUAGCUGGUGUACUUGCUGACAGACCGACUGCACUACUUGCUGAAGUACUCGCUGAACUACUUUCUGAAGUACUACGCCAAAUGAAGCCAAACAAGGAAAUCUUCCUUAUUCUACACUUGGACGCAUCUCAAAGCUACACAUGGAAACCAGGAGAACAUCUAGGCUACACAAGACAUGUACCACACAAAAUUUGGUACACCUUACCACACAAGAACCCGCGGAGUUAUUACUUGCCAUAUAUGGAGCCGAAGGAGAUCAACUUGCAACAACUCUUUCCUUCUUUGUUUGUGUGCUUGUGUGAGAAUCUUGAGACCCUCCAGAAAGCUUCCAAGACGUCACAACUUCCUCCCCAAGUUGAAAAGAUACAAGGCACACCUCACUUGCCUUACUUGGACCGAUUUUUCAUUUAG